UGGUAGGUAAACUGGCUGGGAUUUCUGGGAGUUGUAGGCCAAAACACCCGGGGACCCACAGGUUGAGAACCACUGUUGUAGGGCAAAAGAUUGGAAGGCAGUAGGUUAUGCAAAAGCAAAUGUUUUCCAGAAGGGGCCAUAUAACUAAUUUUGUUCUUAUGCAUUUGUGGCUGUUACUUAAGACAAAACAAACCACGUCUUUCAAUACAUAUCAAUACAGAAAAAUGAAUGAGCAUAAUAUUUACAUAUUAUACUAAUCUCGUUUGUGACAGUGAGGAAAUGUGAGCAUACAACACUGGUUUCAUUUAUCCUGAUAGAGAAAGUGCUUGACACAACUGCAGACUUAUUUGUGUCUGUGAAUCUGGCUCUUUUGGAGACAGCAUGACUGGCAUUCAAUGAAAGACAAAACCUGGCCAUCACACAAUUAUAGCACUACAUUUCCACUCUUAUCUGCCAUGGUUCCUGGAUUUGCAUUCUAGGGAGGGAUUCUUAGUAAUCUUGGGGUGGGUUGCUGUGAGUUUUCUGGGCUGUAUGGCCAUGUUCCAGAAGCAUUUUCUCCUUACGUUUCAACCACAUCUAUGGCAGGCAUCCUCAGAGGUUGUGAGGUCUGUUGGAAACUAGGCAAAUAGGGUUUAUAUAUCUGUGGAAUGUCUAGGGUGGGAGAAAGAAGUCUUGCCUGUUUGAGGCAGGUGUGAAUGUUGCCAUUUGCCACCUUGAUUAGCAUUUAAUGGCCUAGGUGCCCCUGGGUGGUUCUCAACCUGGGGUCCCCAGAUAUUUUUGACCUACAACUCUCAGAAAUCCCCGCCAGUUUACCAGCGGUUGGGAUUUCUGGGAGUUGAAGGCCAAAAACAUCUGGGGACCCCAGGUUGAGAACCACUGGGUUAAAUCCUUGUGCUGGCAGGAUUGUUGACAGACAGGUCAGCGGUUUGAAUCCGGGAAGAGUGGGUGAGCUCCUUCUGUUAGCUCCAGCCCCCCCAUGCGGGGACAUAAGAGAAGCCUCCCACAAAGAUAGUAAAACAUCAAAAACAUUUUAGGAAUUGUGGGAGUUGAAGAGCAAAACACCUGGGGGGGGGCAAGUUUGCCCAUGCCUGAUUUACACUAGAAAAUGCAGUGUGAGAUAUCAUUUUAGUUGCCAUGGCUGAAUGCUUUAGGAUCAAGGGUUUCGGUGAAGCACUAGGCCAGUGUUUCUUAACCUGGGGCACCCUGAUAUUUUUGACCUUCAACUCCCAGAUGUUCUAACAGCUGGUACACUGGCUGGGAUUUAUGGGAGUUGUAGUCCAAAAACAUCUGGGGACUCCAGGUUGAGAACCACUGCACUAGGCCUAUUUGGCAGAGAAGGCUAUGCUAAAAAGGCCUUGUAAAAAGUACAACUCCCAUGAUUUCAUAGCAUUGAGCCAGAGCAUUUAAAGUGGGUGCCAAACCGGGAUAAUUCUACAGUGUAAGCGAGAUAAAAAACACACACACAACUGCCCCCCCCUUUCCCCCUCACACUUUGAGCUUCCAAGGAUUCUUGGCGUUUAGUCACGAGCGCUAAAGACAGUGAGAAGAAAUCCCACCCGUCCAAUGAGUGAGCGCCUUCCAUUUCGCGCGUCACCUUUUCUUUGCACGUCCCUCCCCCAUGGACAGGACGGGACGUCAUCGGGAGAGAGCUGGCUUCCUAUUGGUUGACAGAGCAUGGGGAAGCGAUGCCGGGCAGGCAGAUGCUGCUUCUCUUCUUUGCAGAGCCUCUUCUCCUGACGCGGGAAAAUCGGGGAUAAUUGCAAACACAGAAUGUCAGUGAACCAUUUAUUUGGGAAUAAGAAGAGAAACAGUUCUAUAUUAUACGGUGUGGAUCAGGCCAGAGUUACUGCUUCAACUUCAUCCUUCCAGAGACCUACAAGCCAAAGUAACACUGAAAACCAUGGAGAUGGAUUUCCACCGAAUAAGCGCUAUAAAACCCUUGCCACAAGUGGGCAUAAAGAAAUGGAAGAUCCAUUUCAGGACAGUGAUGAUUUCACUGCAGAUGACUUGGAAGAGAUGGAUAUUAUUGCUUCCCAGGCAUUGACAGAAAAUGUUUCUGUAAACACAACUGCAUCAAGAGCGGAGCAAAAUAGAGAACUGUCUUCACUGUCAAAAAGUAUCACCAACACAGCAGAUCAUAUCAAGCAAUGGAAUUUCGAUCUUGCAACUGAGACAAAAUCUAAGCAACUAUUUGGAAAUAGUACAGAAGAAACUAAGGACAAAUUUCAACUUGAAAUACUUCAAGAACAAUAUGAGGAAGCUAAGAAAAAGCUGAAGGAAAUGCAGAAUGAAAUCCUCAUUAAAAAUGGAGAAAUCAAAGUUCUGCGGGACUCAAUGCAGCAGAUGGAAUCUGUUGUGGAAGAACAGCGGAAAUCUUUUGUGGUACUGGAAAAUAAGAAAGCUCAAAUUUUAAAUGAAAAAGAAAAAGAGUUUUCCAAAAAGUUGCAGUCCCUGCAGUCUGAACUACAGUUCAGAGAUGCUGAAAUGAAUGAACUGAGAAUAAAGCUUUUGAACUGUGAAAGAAUUAAACCUGUUACCCCUUCAGUUUCAUAUACCAGUCCUAAGAAAACUCCUCCAAAACCGCUAAAAAUUGAAGGAUGUACUCAGAUUGAAAAAAAAGGUUAUCCCACAAAGGAUUCUUUUGGAUCUGAGAUACCACUUAAAGCAUCCUGCUCUAGAAUACAGUUGCAAGGACAGACUCCCUGGUUUAAUAAGGACAGUAAGAUGCCUGACCUUGAAACUGAGCCUGUGAAGCAAGAAAUGAGUUAUGUUUGUGCUCAAAGGCAAGGUUCCAUUUUGAUAAACACACUGAUGAAGCAACAGGUUGUUCCAGAAUCAUCACUAGGGCUCUGCUAUCUUCUUAGUCAUAAUCUUGAGUUUCAGCUUAGUACAGCUAUGCCACCUAAUUCUUCCAACACUGGCUCUACAAGAAGCUCCAGUGACGGAACCAAAACUUCUCAAGAAGAAGAGUCGUCAUUAAAAAUUGCUCAAAAACUUGCCUUAACAGGAUUAAAUUUAAUUGCUAUAGAUGAAGGUUCAUUGGAAGAAAACUCAGAAGAAAGCAGGAGACUAAUAUCUCACCCAAAGCGCUGUAAAAUUGCUGGGGCAGUACACCUUCUUCCCCUUUUGGAACAUCACAUUAGUGCCUACCACCAAGCCCUUUUGUUAAUGACAAAAGCUGGAAGUACUUCUUCUGGAAACCAAUCCACUUCUUCCUCCAGAAGCUCCUCAAGUAGAACAUCAAGUGUAGAUGAUAUCCUAUUUACUCUAGAAGAGUUAGCAGUUGUGUCUCUGGGCAUUCUUUAUUAUUUGGUAUUUUACAGCUUGGAUGUUAUUUACAUGCUGCUCUCCCUCAAUGUGAAACCAGAUUGUGGUUUGGAAUGCACAGAAAUGGUGGAGAAUAAGGACAAGACUGUCACGUGCAAUAAGCAGCUCAGAUCCAACCCUCAGGAACCUAAUCCAGAACUAGAUAUUUCAGAUGUUGACCAAUCCCAACAUCCUUUGUUUAAAAAGGUGCUGCAGCUCAUGACUUCAUGUGCCACAUCAACAGGGUGCCUGAAACAUGGCAUCAUGAAUCAGUGCCUAAGAGUUUUGGUGAAGUUGGCAGAAAGAUCAACAACGGACUUAUUAUUAAGCUUCCAACAUUUGUUGCAUAGCCAAACACAGACUUUGCUCCGCUGCAUAUCUCCUGAAGCCCCCUUGUUUGUCGUCCAUCUAACGGUUAAGCUGUUAACAUUACUUGUUGACCACCAGGAGCUUGCUGGUCAGUUUUGUUCAAGUUCAGAAACCUGUCUCCUUUUGGCACUCUACUUGUAUAUCACAUCACGACCAGAUAAAUCAGCAUCUGGGAUGCUUUGGCUACAGUUGGAACAAGAGACUGUUCGCUUCCUGACCAAAUGUGUGCAGUGUUGUAGCCAGUCUGUUUUACUUGUUGGAACACAAUGCCAGUGCAGCUCUGAGGUAGUGAAGGCUCUAAUUGUAAUGUUGCAUAGGCAAUGGCUAACAGUCAGAAAAGUGGAAGGAAAUUUGUUUGAUGUGCGUGGAAAGCAAGUGAUUCAGUUUUUACGGGACACUGUUUUGCUCUUGCACAGCCUGUCUCAAAAGGAUAAACUCUUCCAUGAACAUUGCCUGGAAGUGCUCCAUCAGUUUGACCAUGUCAUGCCUGGUGUCAGGGCAAUUCUCCGAAAAGCUGGAAAGCUGAAAGCCUGUGAAGAACUUGCAUUGGAUGAAGCAUAUCCUUUGGAGCCAGAAGUUGAUGAUCAAGAAAUGGAAUGCAACUAAUGAUUUGAUUGAUUAAUUUUUGGAAAAUGUGGACUCUCUAAAACUAACUGAAUACAAUAUUCUUAAACGUAUAGUUUGAAAUAUAAAAUAGGCCAAAAAUCAGUUACAAGAAACAAUCACAGUGGAAAAUACUCUUUUUUUACUGUUUUAUUAAAUUGAUUUCCCAGCAUAAUGUAAAAUAUUAAAGCAUUGAUAUCUGAAGAAUGUGAUAUUAAAAAUUACAUAUUGAAAAUA